CCUCUGGUUAUUACUCCCAGAGCACCGCGUAAAAAGAGCUGCGAAGGCUCGCGGGAGUUCCUGCGGGGUUUGGACCGGCUGGGCGCGUAUUCUCUCGGGACGAUGAUGAUGAAGCUUUUUUCUUCAUGGGGAGAUCAGAACUGAGCGAGGACUGGGGGGGAUUGCUAAGAGGGAGGCGUCGAGAUGGGGUCCAAACCACUGGAAUGGUACUGUCAGCCGGUGAAGGAUGGGGCGUGGUCUCGCGCUGUGGAGAGUGCAUUUGGCGCAUACACACCCUGCGGCAUCGACACCCUGGUGGUGUGCAUCUCGUACCUCGCACUUUUCUGCGUUUGCUUCUAUCGAAUAUGGAGGACGACCAAGGACUACAAGGUGCAGCGGUACAAGAUACGCUCGCCCUACUACAACUAUCUGCUUGGGCUGCUUGUGGCGUACUGCAUAGCAGAGCCGCUGUACAAGAUUGUCACUGGUACCUCCAUCAUGAACUUGGAUGGGCAGUCUGGCCUUGCUCCAUUUGAGGUUACUUCCUUGGUCAUCGAGAUUGCUGCCUGGUGCUGUAUGCUUACAAUGAUUUUGCUGGAGACAAAAAUUUACAUCACUGAAUUUAGAUGGUACAUCCGGUUUGUGGUAAUAUACGUAUUGGUUGGGAAAGCUGCUAUGUUCAAUGUUGUGCUUCCAGUGAGGCAGUACUAUAGUUCAAGUUCAAUAUUCUACCUAUACUGCAGCGAGAUAAUAUGCCAGUGCAUUUUUGGAAUUCUCAUGGUGGUGUAUCUGCCUAGCUUGGAUCCCUACCCGGGUUAUACUCCAAUCAGGAGCGAGUUGCUUGUCGAUAAUACUGAUUAUGAACCCCUUCCAGGAGGAGAGCAGAUUUGCCCUGAAAGACAUGCCAAUAUAUUAUCGAGGAUAUUCUUUUCAUGGAUGACCCCUCUAAUGCAACAAGGAUACAAAAGGCCCAUCACUGAUAAUGAUAUUUGGAAACUCGAUGAUUGGGAUGAGACUGAAACAUUGUAUAACCGAUUCCAGAAAUACUGGAACGAUGAACUUCAAAAACCAAAACCUUGGCUGCUACGAGCUCUCCAUAAUAGCCUCUGGGGAAGGUUCUGGCUAGGAGGAUUCUUUAAGAUUGGCAAUGAUGCUUCUCAAUUUGUUGGCCCAACCGUAUUGAGUCUUCUGUUAGAGUCUAUGCAAAAAGGUGAUCCUUCUUGGAAUGGGUACAUCUACGCUUUCUCAAUCUUUGCUGGAGUGUCACUGGGAGUUCUUGCUGAAGCACAGUACUUUCAGAAUGUCAUGCGGACUGGUUUCAGAUUGAGGUCUACAUUGAUUGCUGCUGUUUUCCGUAAGUCCUUGCGACUGACCAAUGAUAGUCGCAAGAAGUUUGCUUCUGGGAGGAUUACAAAUUUGAUUUCAACCGAUGCGGAGUCCCUUCAGCAAGUAUGCCAGCAACUUCACAGCCUAUGGUCUGCUCCUUUUCGCAUUGUUAUUGCCAUGGUCCUGCUAUAUGCGCAACUAGGUCCUGCAGCACUUAUCGGUGCCCUCAUGCUGGCUCUUUUGAUUCCUAUUCAGACAGUUAUCAUAGGCAAAAUGCAAAAACUUACCAAAGAAGGGUUGCAAAGGACUGACAAACGAAUCAGUCUCAUGAAUGAAAUAUUAGCUGCGAUGGAUACAGUCAAAUGUUACGCUUGGGAGCAAAGUUUCCAGUCAAAGGUGCAGGACAUCCGUGACGAUGAGCUUUCCUGGUUUCGCAGUGCUCAAUUGCUUGCUGCGCUGAAUAGCUUUAUCCUCAACAGUAUCCCUGUCGUUGUCACGGUGGUUUCAUUUGGUGUUUACUCUCUGUUGGGGGGUGAGUUGACAGCAGCAAAGGCGUUUACCUCUCUUUCACUAUUUGCAGUGUUAAGGUUCCCACUUUUUAUGCUGCCAAAUCUGAUAACUCAGGUUGUUAACUGUAAGGUUUCACUGAAACGACUGGAGGAUCUCCUUUUGGCUGAUGAGAGAAUACUUCUGCCAAAUCCACCUAUUGAUCCUCAGCUUCCAGCCAUUUCUAUCAAGAACGGAAACUUUUCAUGGGAAUUGCAGGCCGAGCGACCAACACUAUCAAAUGUCAAUCUGGACGUGCCUGUCGGCAGUUUAGUUGCAAUAGUAGGAAGCACUGGGGAGGGGAAGACUUCUCUUAUUUCUGCAAUGCUUGGUGAAAUACCACCAGUAUCAGGAUCAGAUACCUCGGUGGUCAUUCGUGGUUCUGUGGCUUAUGUUCCUCAAGUUUCUUGGAUCUUCAAUGCUACCGUCCGGGAUAACAUAUUGUUUGGGUCUCCAUUCCAACCUCCACGCUACGGGAGAGCAAUAGAUGCUACUGCAUUACGACAUGACCUUGACCUGCUCCCAGGUGGUGAUCUCACAGAGAUUGGAGAAAGGGGAGUGAAUAUUAGUGGGGGGCAAAAGCAAAGAGUUUCAAUGGCAAGAGCUGUUUAUUCUGAUUCAGAUGUUUACCUAUUUGAUGAUCCACUGAGUGCAUUAGAUGCCCAUGUUGGUCGACAGGUAUUUGAUAAAUGUAUCAAAGAAGAGCUACGGCACAAAACUCGGGUCCUCGUUACUAAUCAGCUGCAUUUUCUGCCAUACGUGGAUAAAAUACUGUUAAUCCAUGAUGGAGUAGUUAAAGAGGAGGGUACAUUUGAUGAACUUAGUAACACCGGGGAGCAGUUCAAAAAACUUAUGGAAAAUGCUGGAAAGAUGGAGGAACAAACGGAAGAGAAACAAGACGAAAGCAAAUCACAGGACGACACAAAACACACUGAAAAUGGGGCCGUAGUAAUAGCUGAUGGUGCUCCGCAAAAGAGCCAGGAUAGUUCAAGUAAAACAAAGCAGGGAAAAUCUGUUCUUAUUAAGCAAGAGGAACGUGAAACUGGAGUUGUCAGUACGAAGGUCCUUUCACGCUAUAAAAAUGCAAUGGGAGGUAUCUGGGCGGUGUCCGUCCUCUUCGUGUGUUAUGCACUGACUGAAACUCUACGGAUUUCAAGUAGCACAUGGUUGAGCAUUUGGACUGAUGAGGGUUCUCUGAAAAUCCAUGGCCCUGGUUACUACAACUUAAUCUAUGGCAUUCUUUCUUUUGGGCAGGUUCUAGUCACUCUCACGAAUUCUUACUGGCUGAUCACGUCAAGUCUUCGAGCAGCCAAGAAGUUGCAUGACUACAUGCUCCGGUCUAUAUUAAGAGCUCCCAUGGUAUUUUUUCACACCAAUCCACUUGGACGGAUCAUCAACAGAUUUUCGAAGGAUUUGGGUGACAUUGACAGGAAUCUUGCUGUCUUCGUCAACAUGUUUAUGGCACAAAUAUCUCAGUUGCUCUCAACAUUUAUUCUCAUCGGUGUUGUCAGCACUAUGUCUCUUUGGGCUAUCAUGCCGCUUCUGAUUUUAUUUUAUGCAGCCUACCUUUAUUACCAGACCACAUCACGCGAGGUAAAGCGCAUGGAUUCUAUUACCAGGUCUCCUGUGUAUGCUCAAUUUUCAGAGGCAUUAAAUGGUCUGUCCACAAUCCGUGCCUACAAAGCCUAUGAUAGAAUGUCAAACAUCAAUGGGAAAUCAAUGGACAACAACAUCAGGUUCACACUUGUGAACAUGAGUUCAAAUAGGUGGCUAGCCAUCCGGCUGGAAACAUUGGGUGGCAUCAUGAUAUGGUUCACGGCAACAUUUGCAGUCAUGCAAAACCAACGAGCAGAGAAUCAGAAGGCCUUUGCUUCCACGAUGGGUCUUCUUCUUACUUACACCCUCAAUAUCACCAAUCUGCUCACAGCUGUUCUUCGUCUUGCUAGUCUUGCUGAAAAUAGUAUGAAUGCUGUUGAACGCGUGGGGACAUACAUUGAGUUACCUUCUGAGGCUCCUCCUGUCAUUGAGGAUAACAGGCCACCUCCUGGUUGGCCAUCAUCUGGUAUCAUCAAGUUUGAAGAUGUUGUGCUUCGGUACCGACCAGAACUUCCACCUGUUCUUCAUGGAAUAUCAUUCAUUAUUAAUGGAAGUGAGAAGGUUGGAAUAGUUGGCAGAACAGGUGCUGGUAAAUCUAGCAUGCUUAAUGCUUUAUUCCGAAUCGUGGAACUGGAGCGUGGGAGAAUAUUGAUUGAUGAUUGUGACACUAAAAAGUUCGGAAUUUGGGAUCUGCGGAAAGUGUUAGGAAUAAUACCACAGGCACCAGUCCUGUUUUCAGGUACCAUUCGAUUUAAUCUGGAUCCUUUCAGCGAGCAUAAUGAUGCAGAUCUCUGGGAGGCUCUUGAAAGGGCUCAUCUAAAAGAUGUCAUAAGGAGGAAUGCUCUAGGACUAGAUGCUGAGGUUUCUGAGGCUGGUGAAAAUUUUAGCGUUGGACAGCGGCAGCUGCUGAGUUUAGCUCGUGCAUUGCUACGAAGGGCGAAGAUACUUGUUCUUGAUGAGGCAACAGCAGCAGUUGAUGUUCGAACUGAUGCUCUUAUACAGAAGACAAUCAGAGAAGAAUUCAAGAGUUGUACAAUGCUUAUAAUUGCUCACCGCUUGAACACUGUCAUCGACUGUGACAGGUUGCUUAUUCUAAGUUCUGGGAAGAUUUCAGAAUUUGACACCCCCGAGAAUCUUCUGAGCAAUGAGGACGGUGCUUUCUCCAAGAUGGUUCAGAGUACAGGACCUAGCAAUGCAGAAUAUCUUAAGUCUCUUGUGCUUGGGAAUGGUGAAGAGAGGCUGCGAAAGGAAGAAAGUAAGUUGCAAGAUAUUCAGAGGAAAUGGGCUGCGUCGAACCGAUGGGCUGUUGCUGCCCAGUUUGCGCUUGCUGCUAGCCUCGCGUCAUCCCACAGUGACCUUCUCUCGUUGGAGGUUGCCGAGGGAAACAGCAUCCUCAGGAAAACUAAGGACGCAGUAAUCACCCUGCAGAGCGUCCUUGAAGGGAAGCACAACACCGAAAUCGAGGAGUCACUCACUGAGUAUCAGGUUCCACCUGAUAGGUGGUGGUCGUCACUUUACAAAGUCAUCGAAGGCCUCGCCACGAUGAGCAAACUGGGUCGCAACCGUCGGCAACCUGGUUACAGUUUUGAAAACCACGGGUCUAUUGACUGGGAUCAAAUUUAGGUGUAGAACACUGGCAUUGCAAUGCUACUGAAUCCCUGAAACCGCUGUCUGGAGGCGUGCACUUAAUAACGUUCGGUUUAAUUUCUACAGUCUUGUAGUACAUUCUUGUACAUUUUAUUAUCGCCAGUACAUUGACGUGCAAGUGUGGAGUUACUCAGUAGAUCCGCCGACACCUAAUCUCAAGGCGAAUAACAAGGGGGAUUUGUAGCAGUAGCAGUCUUGUAAUGUUGUCCGCAUGGGUUACAUUUCUUGUGCACAGUCUCGACAAUCAGCACAUCUGAAAUUUUGAUAAUAUUGUGCAAUUAGUGUAUGUAGAUUCUUUA